AUGGGUUUGCCUGAUGCAAAUCCAUCGUCAUCUGGAUGGACCCACUAUUCGAAAGUGUCGGAUCUUGGUGGUUUUGUAUUCUCUACCAGUUCGGACGAUAAUUCUAAUUCGUUGAGAACAACGCUUCGGUGUUGUUAUGUUUCGUUUUAUCCCGGGAAACAGUUGCAAUUCACAUACGGGAUCGCUGCGUCUCAACAAGAACACCAAACAGUACUGAAUAUAAAUAUGAAAAUGGAAGCAAAAAGCUCCAAUCUCUCAAUGCUGCUUCUUCUGCUGCUCAUAGUUAACUCUCCGGUUCCGACAUAUCAAGCGGAGAGUCCCACAUCGCCGGUUUCCAAGUUUGACAGUAGUUAUUUUCCACCAGGUUUCUUUUGGGGCACAGCUACUUCUGCUUAUCAGACUGAAGGUGAAGCAAACUCAAAGGGACGAGGACCUAGCAUAUGGGAUACAUUUACUCACACGUUUCCCGAACGGAUAGAUGAUCGUAGCAAUGGAGAUGUUGCCACUAAUUCCUACAAUCUCUACAAAGACGAUUUGAAAAAAAUGAAUGAGAAUCUGGGUAUGAAUGCUUUCAGAUUCUCCCUUUCAUGGUCCAGAAUAAUACCUAGUGGGAAAUUAAGCAAAGGAGUGAAUGAAGAAGGAAUUGAUUUCUACAACCGACUUAUCAAUGAAUCUCUACAGAAUGGCUUGGUUCCUUUUGCAACAAUCUUCCAUUGGGAUGUUCCUCAAGGCCUUGAAGAUGAGUAUGGCGGCUUCUUAAGUCCUAAGAUAGUAUCUGAUUAUAAGGAUUACGCCAAGGUUUGCUUUGAAAGAUUUGGCGAUCGAGUGAAGCAUUGGAUUACUAUAAAUGAACCGUAUGUUUUCACUGUACAUGGCUAUGAUGGUGGCGAUUUGGCCCCGGGGCGAUGCUCAUCUUGGGUCAAUAAGGCAUGCCGAGCUGGAAACUCAGCGGUUGAACCAUAUAUAGUUGGCCACCAUGUGCUUCUUGCUCAUGCAGCUGGUGUUCAAGCGUAUAAGGAAAAGGGUCAAAAUGGCAAGAUUGGAAUAACACUUGAUGUAACUUGGCCCGAACCUUACUCCACCAGUGCAGCCGAUCGCGCAGCUGCCCAAAGAAACCUUGAUUUCUCUUAUGGUUGGUUUAUGGAACCUUUAACCUAUGGUUAUUAUCCAAAGAUAAUGAGAACUCUAAUUGGAAAUCGGUUGCCCUAUUUCACCAAGCAACAAGCUUUGCUAUUAAAGGGAUCCGCCGAUUUUAUUGGCUUAAAUUAUUACACUUCAAAUUUUGCUUCUGCAAAUGUUACUCCCGACCCUGAUCCAACUCAUAUUAGAUUUGCAACUGAAAGUGCUGUUAAUUUGACAAAGUUUAGAGAUGGAAAACCCAUUGGUUUACAGGCUUCUCCGAGCUGGUUAUAUAUAUUUCCAGAAGGAAUUCGAUAUGUUCUAAAUUACACCAAAGAUAGAUAUAACGAUCCAGUACUCUACAUUACAGAGAAUGGUAUUGGUAAUGACAAAAAUGGGCGUAAAGAUUUGAUGAGGAUAAAAUAUUUUGAGGACCAUAUUUGGAACGUACUUAGAUCUAUAUGUGAACACAAGGUUAACGUGAAAGGAUAUUUUGCUUGGUCAUUUUUGGACAACUUUGAAUGGGCAAAUGGGUAUACGGUUAAGAUGGGUAUAUAUGAUGUAGACCGAAGUACAAUGAUCAGAUACCCGAAACUCUCCGUCGGGUGGUUCAAGAAAUUCCUCGAAAAUAAGAAUUCUACCGCCGGACCUAAAUGCCAUUGAAGUCCGUCGUCUUGAGCGUCUUCCGACUCUAAGGUCAUGAGUUUGGGUGUUUGUGUCUCAAUAAUGAAGCUUAGUCUAAUUGGGUUGAUUUACCGUAUGUUUGGUGUACUGUUUGUGUUCUUUCUUGUGAGAUUUGCUUGUAACACAAGAAAUUGAUGUUCAUUUAAUAAAAUGGACAAAAUAAAUAAUUUGAUUUUGUA